AGUCAAAGGGACUGUAUUUAGGUGAGUCUUGUCCUUUAAGUUAUCAGGGAUGGCUGAGAAAUUGCUUUUAGAAGGUUACCUGAGCUGCCAUGUGUGUUCAGAGACUUUCAGAGAUCCUGUGUCUCUGAGCUGCAGCCACAACUUCUGUUCAAGCUGCCUGCAGAAAUUCUGGGAACAAGCUAAAAACAAAAACUGUCCCAUUUGUAAAAGAAAAUCUUCAAGAGAUGAACCAUCUAUAAACGUUUCUCUCAAAGAACUUGCUGACUCAUUUGCUAAGAGGCACAGUGAGAGCUUACCUCAACAAGAGGAGGAAGAGAAGGAGGAGGUGGUGUGUGAUAAAUAUCCAGACGUCCCUUACUGGUACUGUGAGGAUGAAGACAGAGCUGUGUGUCCUGUGUGUGAGUUUUCUCUCCACCAGAGUCACAAAGUGGUUCCUGUAGAAGAAGCUGUCAGUGACCUGAAGGAGCAGCUGAAAUCUGACUUAAAGUCUCUGCAGGACAAGAGGAACAAAUACAAACAAGUGGAGGAAACAUACAAUGAAGUGAUUCAACACUCCAAGAAGCAGCUGUUGUCCACAGAGAGGCAGAUCAGAGCAGAGUUCAACAAGCUCCAGCAGUUCCUGAAAGAGGAAGAGGAGUCCAGACUGGCAGCUCUGAGGGAGGAAGAGGAGCAGAAGGGGAGGACUAUCAGCAGAGAGAUGAAGAUGAUUGAGGAGCAGAUCUCCUCUCUGUCAGACAGCAUCUCUGCUGUUGAAGAAGAGCUGCAGAAACACAGCGUGCCAUUCCUCAGCAGUUAUAAAGACACUCAGAGCAGAGCCAGAGCCCAGAGCUCAGUGUCAGAUCCACAGCUGGUCUCAGGAGCACUGAUAGAUGUGGCCAAACACCUGGGCAACCUGUCCUUCAGAGUGUGGGAGAAGAUGAAGGAGAAGGUCCACUUCAGUCCUGUCAUUCUGGACCCAAACACUGCAAGUUGCUGGCUCUAUUUGUCUGAUGAUCUGACCAGUGUGACACAAGGAGACACAAAUCAGCAGCUUCCUGAUAAUCCAGAGAGAAACAAUAAGUAUGCCAAUAUUUUUGGCUCUGAGGGUUUCAGCUCAGGGAAACACAGCUGGGAGGUGGAGGUGGGAGACCAUCCUGUCUGGGUUAUAGGUUUAGCUAAAGAGUCUGUUGAGAGGAAGGGAGAGUUUUUUGUUUCACCAAAAUAUGGAAUCUGGUGUUUAUUCCAUCGCAGUGGAGAAUACAAUAAUAGUGAUGGUAAAACUGUGCGAGUGAAGAAGAGUCUCCAGAGGAUCAGAGUCCAGCUGGACUAUGACAGGGGGGAGGUGUCCUUCUAUGACCCUGAAGACAUGACUCUGAUCUGCACUCACAGAGACACUUUCACUGAGAAACUCUUCCCAUAUUUUGGUAUUGGAGAGGCAGGAGACGCCAAAACCUCUGAUAUCAAAAUCUGUGAGACUGAGAUUUCUUUGAAAACUGCAACGAGGUUGUAAGAGUAAUAUUUUAGG